UUUGCAUCGAAACCGAGGUUACAUAGUCUUUGAACCUUGAAGCUUUGGUCUCUAUUUCAUCCUUUUUUAUAUUGCGAGAUUUCUGGGCCUUUUUGGUAUUGUUUAUCUCUGCACUGGGGAUAGAAUUUCUGGGUUUCGGGUUUUGUUUAUGUCUGUGUGUUGGGAUCGCCAUUGGAAGUCUACCGGUGCAAGUUCAACAAUUGGCAGUGCUGGUCCUUGGCGUUGGUAUUUGGUACCUCGGAACUACCCAUGCCUUUCCCAAGCCACUUCCAUGUAUUAAAAUAUUAUUGUUUGCAGUCAAAUGGUUUCCUGGGAAGGCUGCUAUUUUGUGUUUUCCGCGAGAGAGACUCGGUCCGUGAACUGGGGUAUUCUAGGUACUUAAAGGGCGUCUAGGUUUUUACUGAGAAUAGCACAGUGGUUCUUGAUGUGGAUUAUUGAUCAUAUGUGCAAGAGAUGCUUAACUUUGAUGAGAUAGAAGACAUUUUCUUUGAUUCUGCAGAUUACCUUCCAUCUGAAGAGCCUGUUGUUAUGAAUGAAGAUUCGUAUGGAAUUUGGAUGAGCGAACCUCAAAGUAUUCGAGAGCGGAGGGAAAGCUUUCUACAAAAAAUGGGUUUUAUUUUUGUUGAGUCAUCUUCCAAGCAAGAGACGGUCUUUGGAACUUCAGUAGGGACUGUGGGAUUGGAAAGGAUUAUGGAAUGCAGCGGUGCUGUGUUGAAUUCUUCUUCUUCCAUUAAUGAUGGGGAGGAAAAACUGACUUAUUGCAGUAGAGAAGGGAAUGGUGAAGCCAACUUUUUGGUUGAUGAUUUGGAGCAUGAUAAGUUGGACAAAACCAACAUAGCUUUUGAGAUGGGGACUACUGGGGAUUCAACCCCUGAUGGGUGUAAGCAAAAGCAGGACCAUUUAGAAGAUUGCAAGGGUCUUGACAUGGGUGGUAAGGACAUAAGAGGUUGGUGGCAGCGCCUUGUGAAAAAGAGAUCAGUGUUGAAUGGUUUGAAUGCUAAAACACACAAGACAAAUAGAAUGAAGGUUAGGCAUAACAAAAAGAGCUGCAUGGAGUUGACUGGUCUGUACAGUGGACAAGAAAUUCAUGGUCAUGAUGGCUACAUUUGGACAAUGAAGUUCAGUCCAGAUGGCCAAUAUCUAGCAAGUGGUGGGGAAGAUGGGAUUGUUCGCAUUUGGCGUGUCACAUUAGCUGACGCUUCUUACAAAAAUUUAAUGGCUGAUUUUUGUAGCAGAGUCAACCAAGAGAAAUCCAGUUCUCAAAGAAAGAAAUUAAGUCAUGCUUCCAUUAUCAUUCCGGACAAGGUUUUUCAGAUUGAGGAGUCACACCUGCAGGAGUUUCAUGGCCAUACCAGUGAUGUCCUAGACUUGGAUUGGUCUAACAAUAAUUGUCUUCUUUCAUCAUCCAAGGAUAAAACUGUUCGCUUGUGGCAAUUGGGCUGCAGUGAAUGUCUUAAUGUUUUCCGUCACAAUAAUUAUGUGACAUGCAUUCAGUUCGAUCCGGUUGAUAAUAAUUACUUCAUCAGUGGCUCCAUAGAUGGAAAAGUUCGAAUUUGGGGAGUGUCUGAACAACGGGUAGUUGAUUGGGCUGAUGUCCGGGAUGUAGUAACUGCUGUAUGUUACCAGCCACAUGGGAAAGGUUUCGUUGUUGGUUCAGUUACAGGGACCUGCCGCUUCUAUGAACCAUCAGGCAGCCAUAUGCAGCUGAAUGCACAGAUUCAUAUUCAGGGCAGAAGGAGAACCUCUGGCAACAAGAUUACUGGCAUCCAGUUCUCCCCAAAGGAACCUCAAAGAGUUAUGAUAACAUCAGAAGAUUCCGGAGUUCGUAUAUUUGAUGGGAUUGAUUUAGUCCUCAAAUACAAAGGUCUUCGGAAUUCAGGUCAGAUGUCUGCAUCAUUUACUUCAACCACUAAACAUAUAAUCUCGGUUGGGGAGGACUCUCGUGUCUACGUCUGGAACUAUGAGGGCUCAAGCAUUCACACAUCUAGACAUACAAAAUCCGUACGUUCUUGUGAGCAUUUCUUCUUUGAAGGUGUCUCUGUGGCAAUACCUUGGUCAAGCAUGCAAACAGAAGAAAAGGAUAGUGGCAGUGGCAGUGGCAGUGGCAGUGGCAGUUGCGAUCCUCACUGCCUACAACCGUUUGGCUACGUAGGAGCUGGUUCCUGUAUCAGAGAUUCUGAACGUUUUGCUCUGGGUAAUUGGUUUUCCGUGGAUGGCCCGUGCAGGCGCUCUGCAACAUGGCCUGAGGAGAAGCUACCCCAUUGGGGUUUACCAGUGGCAGAACUUGACCAUCACCAGAGUCAGGACCAUCAGCACGAGCUGCAGCAUUUGCACCACCAGACUAACAUCCAUAAUUAUACUACUCAAUCAGAAACAUGGGGUCUUGUGAUUGUGACGGCAAGUUGGGAUGGAACAAUCAGGACAUUCCACAACUAUGGAUUGCCCAUCAAGCUUUAGAAAUAUGCUUAUAUCAUCUAACUAAGAAUCAGGGAAGCUUGUAAAUUCUUUAUUGAAAAAUUGCUCCAUGCAGUGCCGUAUUGUGCAGCAGAAGUCGAUGCUAUGAAGAAGCACAUUCUGAGGAUGUAAAUGUGUACAUGUUCAAGUUUUUGUAUCAACUUGUGCCUCGGAGCUGUUCUUGUGGCAGGGGUGUAGUUUUAUGGCCAUGUCUUGUAAGUUCUAAUCAUGAUCAUUCAUUGUGAAUGCAGGCCAUGCACAGUUUUCAUUUAAAUUUGUUUAUGAGUAAUACCAUAUUAAUAUGAUGGUACACAGCAGAAUACGAGAUUUGAAGAAAUUGCUAUAAUUUUGGUACUGUUAA